AUUGAUAACAAGCAGCUAGUCAAAAACCCAUCAGAGGAGUUCUGUCUUGGCAAAAAGACGAAGAAAGAAUUAAAAAAGGCAAUUGUCAUAUUCAAGGAGACAUUACAAGAUCCAUCUGAAGAUGGAGGGAAUGAACAAGCAGAAGGCAACACAGAAGAAUAUGAAGCCAGCAAUGCACAAGAACAUCAAGCAAGCAGCACAGAAGAACAAACCAGUGAAGAAAAUAAAGAAGAAGAUGAACAACAAGAAGAGAACAAGGAUGAAAGUGAUGAAGAAGAAAAUAAUGAGCAGAUGGACCAACAACAUGAUGAAGAAAGUGAUGAAGAAGAAAAUAAUGAGCAGAUGGACCAACAACAUGAUGAAGAAAGUGAUGAAGAAGAAAAUAAUGAGCAGAUGGACCAACAACAUGAUGAAGAAAGUGAUGAAGAAGAAAAUAAUGAGCAGAUGGACCAACAACAUGAUGAAGAAAGUGAUGAAGAAGAAAAUAAUGAGCAGAUGGACCAACAACAUGAUGAAGAAAGUGAUGAAGAAGAAAAUAAUGAGCAGAUGGACCAACAACAUGAUGAAGAAAGUGAUGAAGAAGAAAAUAAUGAGCAGAUGGACCAACAACAUGAUGAAGAAAGUGAUGAAGAAGAAAAUAAUGAGCAGAUGGACCAACAACAUGAUGAAGAAAGUGAUGAAGAAGAAAAUAAUGAGCAGAUGGACCAACAACAUGAUGAAGAAAGUGAUGAAGAAGAAAAUAAUGAGCAGAUGGACCAACAACAUGAUGAAGAAAGUGAUGAAGAAGAAAAUAAUGAGCAGAUGGACCAACAACAUGAUGAAGAAAGUGAUGAAGAAGAAAAUAAUGAGCAGAUGGACCAACAACAUGAUGAAGAAAGUGAUGAAGAAGAAAAUAAUGAGCAGAUGGACCAACAACAUGAUGAAGAAAGUGAUGAAGAAGAAAAUAAUGAGCAGAUGGACCAACAACAUGAUGAAGAAAGUGAUGAAGAAGAAAAUAAUGAGCAGAUGGACCAACAACAUGAUGAAGAAAGUGAUGAAGAAGAAAAUAAUGAGCAGAUGGACCAACAACAUGAUGAAGAAAGUGAUGAAGAAGAAAAUAAUGAGCAGAUGGACCAACAACAUGAUGAAGAAAGUGAUGAAGAAGAAAAUAAUGAGCAGAUGGACCAACAACAUGAUGAAGAAAGUGAUGAAGAAGAAAAUAAUGAGCAGAUGGACCAACAACAUGAUGAAGAAAGUGAUGAAGAAGAAAAUAAUGAGCAGAUGGACCAACAACAUGAUGAAGAAAGUGAUGAAGAAGAAAAUAAUGAGCAGAUGGACCAACAACAUGAUGAAGAAAGUGAUGAAGAAGAAAAUAAUGAGCAGAUGGACCAACAACAUGAUGAAGAAAGUGAUGAAGAAGAAAAUAAUGAGCAGAUGGACCAACAACAUGAUGAAGAAAGUGAUGAAGAAGAAAAUAAUGAGCAGAUGGACCAACAACAUGAUGAAGAAAGUGAUGAAGAAGAAAAUAAUGAGCAGAUGGACCAACAACAUGAUGAAGAAAGUGAUGAAGAAGAAAAUAAUGAGCAGAUGGACCAACAACAUGAUGAAGAAAGUGAUGAAGAAGAAAAUAAUGAGCAGAUGGACCAACAACAUGAUGAAGAAAGUGAUGAAGAAGAAAAUAAUGAGCAGAUGGACCAACAACAUGAUGAAGAAAGUGAUGAAGAAGAAAAUAAUGAGCAGAUGGACCAACAACAUGAUGAAGAAAGUGAUGAAGAAGAAAAUAAUGAGCAGAUGGACCAACAACAUGAUGAAGAAAGUGAUGAAGAAGAAAAUAAUGAGCAGAUGGACCAACAACAUGAUGAAGAAAGUGAUGAAGAAGAAAAUAAUGAGCAGAUGGACCAACAACAUGAUGAAGAAAGUGAUGAAGAAGAAAAUAAUGAGCAGAUGGACCAACAACAUGAUGAAGAAAGUGAUGAAGAAGAAAAUAAUGAGCAGAUGGACCAACAACAUGAUGAAGAAAGUGAUGAAGAAGAAAAUAAUGAGCAGAUGGACCAACAACAUGAUGAAGAAAGUGAUGAAGAAGAAAAUAAUGAGCAGAUGGACCAACAACAUGAUGAAGAAAGUGAUGAAGAAGAAAAUAAUGAGCAGAUGGACCAACAACAUGAUGAAGAAAGUGAUGAAGAAGAAAAUAAUGAGCAGAUGGACCAACAACAUGAUGAAGAAAGUGUCUUUACUUACAUGUGUGUUGUUCUAAAACUAGCAUUAGAAGACAUACUUCUGGUAAGCAAAGGUUUCUGA